AUGUCGAGUGUGCAGGAUGGCUGUGCGCUGGAAUGCAGUCAGGGCACAGAGAGGUCAGCAGUUGUGACGGACACCGAGCACCGAGCAGGCAGGAGGCGUGAUGGAUCAUCCACUAGGAUGCUGACAGAGGUGGAGCCUUUCUCCCAUCCCUUUGAUUGCAAUGGGCUAUCAGGCCUCAGAACUCGACUUUUGAUUAGUUGUGUCACUGCUGUGACAAGCGAUGCUGUCUACAUUAGUAAUGACACUUACUUCUCCAUGGACAUUGUUUCUGAAGGGUUUGUGCCUUACAAGGGUGACUGGAUCCAAGUUGAAUACUCCACCCAGCCUGGCACCUCAAACAUCAUCGCACACUCGUUGAAGCCCACUAACUGUAGUCAUAUUGAUGAGGUCUACAUCAGUAACAUGCACGGAAGUCAAGGGGUGAUAGACGACGCUAUCUUUUUCACUUUGGAUUCUCUGAAACUUCCUCCUGGAUACGUUCCUCAAUUACAUGACCUUGUCGAUGUGGUCAUAGUGGAGAGCGCUCAGUCCUGCUAUACCUGGAGAGCGGUUUCCAUGACCCCAGUGCAAAUGUCGCAGUAG